AUGUCAGUGGUGUUGGUAUUCUAUACCAGAACACCGCUCCCCACAAAAGCCUCAUAUGAUUAUGUGGUGGUAGGCGCCGGAUCUGCCGGUGCUAUAGUGGCCUGUCGUUUGGCACAAAAGGGAAAAGAUGUGAUACUUCUGGAGGCCGGGGGUGCCCAAGAUGCCUACAGUCACGAUCACCCAGGUGUUUACGCGCAAACAGUACUCCUUGAUGGCCCAGCGUUUUGGCCCUACUAUCUCGUGCCUCAUAGUCGUGUAGGAAAGGGAUCACCACUAUUCCGAGCCUCAUUGAAAGGCCGGGUAUUAGGCGGCUCUUCAACUGUUAACUUCUUAAUGUACAACAGGGGCAAUCGGAAAGACUACGACAAUUUUGUGACCCAAUACGGGGCCACCGGGUGGGGUUAUAAUGAUGUAUUGCCGCUUUUUAAAUUAACUGAAAACAAUACAGAUCCCAAUGUGAGCGAUAUAUAUCACGGACGUAACGGUCCCAUUGGUGUGUCCACCGCAUCGAUGAUCUCUCCGAUUGAUAAAAUAUUUUUAGAGACCCUCUCAGCGCAGGGUAUUCCUUAUAAUGACGUGAAUGGGCCCAUACAGGCCGGCAUUAUGACAGUUCAGUCCACUAUCAAUAGAGGAUUGAGAGCAUCGACAGCCACCGGAUAUCUCGAGAGUAAUAUCUGUCCCACAGUUACUAUAGUAACGAAAGCAACUGUUAAUAAAGUCCUCAUCAGUUGGGACACGGAUGGAAAGCCUAUUGCAUACGGCGUUCAGUUCAUUAAAAAUCUCAUCACAUAUACAGUGUUAGCCAAUAGAGAAGUCAUUUUAUCAGCCGUUAACUUAAACAACGGCAUUACAUCGUAA